AUGCUCCCAGCUCCCCCCGCCCCCCUGUCGUCUACACCUAGCCCCGACAGGUGUGCCGAUCAUAGCGAUAGACCUGACGCCAAUGCGCAAGGGUUGAGUCGGGAGAUGACGACAAAAACAAGGGCCGAUUUCGCGUUCAUUAUUGACAAUAAGGAGGGAAACGAUGUUACUCCCACUUUUGAGGCCCUACAUGUCUCCAACCAUAGCUGCCACUCGCCUUCUGCUGCGGAUACGACGCCCUUAAAGAAGAAACAAGAGAUCAAGACCGGCGCGUACGAGAGUGAGGCGGGAGUGUUCCGCCGCAUAUGCCAACCGUCAGCAGCGGUCGAAACCCUUGAGGCAUUACACCCCGUGCACCACCGUAUACUCGACGAACUAUUUCGCCUCAAGCCCUUAGUUGUCGUAACACUCAGCAAGUAUUGUUACGACUUCUUCCUCCCCAGGCUUUACAAGAAAGUGUAUUUGAACGCGCACAGUCUCCCAGCGACUGUAGAAUCCUUCCUACACGGGCUUUCGACAUCAAACGGGAGAAAGGAGGAGGCAUUCAAGCACAUUCGAGAUAUAUGCUUCUACUUUCCCCCUCUAGUGUACGUUCCGAAGGGCAACAAGUUGCCUGACGGUACCAGGCAGAUGAUACCAAUAGCUCGCCUCAAGGGGCUGUCUCCUUCGCCUCAGCUUACUCUCGGCGGCUGGCUUGUUCUGAUCGGUAGUGCCGCUCUAUUGCUGUUCGGGCACGGUGGAAGAGGGUUGAUCAACCGGCUGAAUUGA